UGAAGAAGACAAGUCUUGCCUCAUCUUUCGCUUUCGCUGUCGCUGCCUACAUUUCCUUACCUUUACCUAACUUGCCCACUUGCAUGUACUGUUUCAUUAUACUGUUUUAUAACUUUUGUCCGGUUUAGAUACCUAACCCUACUUCGCCUGGAGCCUACAUAUGUAUUCUUCUGACUUUACUUUCCCUUCUCCUCUUCCGUAUUUCAAGGAACGAUCAACAACCCUCGAGGAACUCUGCUGAACAUACGAGAUUACUUAGCUGACACUUCCCUUUUUAAUUCGUCUAGGUAUCUAAGCCCCACGGCCCUUUCUUGUCCAGUAUCUUAGGUAUAUGCAACUUGGACAUUUCGACUCCAUCCUAUCUGGGGCAAUUUAGUUGUCUGAUACCGAUAUUCGCACCUUACAACCUCGUCAGGACCCAUAAUACCUUCUGUUUGCUCGCUUAUAGCCUGCCGCGUGUUCUGUCAUCCUCUUUUGGUUUACCAUUCCGCAACGGUAAACUUGAGGUAUGACGUGAUCUUGCAAAAGGCGUCUUGUUCUACCGCGUAAUGGAACAGCCCGAACCAUCAACACCUACCGAUAUACCGACUGCUGUUCCCCAUUCAUCUACCGACCCUCCUACCCAUUCCACUGCAGCCGGGUCGAGUCAAGCAAACAGCCUCGACCAUACUUCCAACUCUGUACCCUCACUCCGAUUUCCCCGGCCCCUAGGCAACCGGCAGCUUACGAACUGGAUCUCGUCCAGCUCUCCCGACAUUAUGCAGCCAGAAAACUUCCCAGAUGAUGACCCCAGCCUGGCCGAGCUGGGCUACGACGUCAUCGGUACCGAUGGCGAGAGCCAGGCCGAGUCUACUGCCAGUUCCCUCGACUAUCAAAGGACUGACGAUGUCCAGAGCCUAGUUGGUACCGAUACCGGCACCGACGUCGAUGCCAACGAAGUCGAUACCGACUCCUCCUCCGACGAAGAGGAAGAGGAGGAGGAGGCUACUACACUAAAUGAAACCGCUGUAAUCAGCACAGUUAACGACACCAUUGUCGAAUACGCUGCUGAGACCGAUGACGAAGAUGCCGAUGUGGAGACACUCGCGAAUCAAAGCCUCGAGCACCCUACAAACUUCUCCCAGCAUGGCAUACUAAGCUUACCACGCCGAGCAGAGAUCGACCAAAGCCAGGCCCGGGAAGCUCUUGCGGAAAUGCACAAGUUGCCUUCUCAAGACACAGUACUAGGCAAAGAAGAUUGUGCACAUCUGCUUUCUCCUGAACACGGGGAUUCGGAGGAUCAUAUUUCAGAAAGCUAUCGCUCGACACUCAGGUUUAUUCAAGGGAAUUACCGUAUCUUAAUUGCCCUAUCCGGAUUUGCUGUUUUCUACGGCCUAGUAAUCACUGGGAAAUACUUCCUGUUCAGUCCGCCGACACCUAAAGUCCUAUCCACUGUCCCGGUAGCCUCGAUCUCUUCCGCGGCCGUCCCCUCUCCCCUUGGAAACCCCAUAUCUACUUCUGUAUCCACUCCAACUUUGACCAAUACUCAAACCCAAAAGGCGUUGCAGACUAGUAGUACUUCGCCAAGUGGCCUUGUCUUCAUGUCAUUUGGGAAAGAUAAGGACCAGACGGACGCCACCAAUCGGUCCCAACCACAGACCAUCUGCUCGGCAGAACUAUAUGAUCGAAAUGAGAUCAUAGUAAAAAUCCCCCAGAGUAUCAAGUCUGCCUGGCUCUCAAAAGACGCCAUAUUGAUUGCCGUGAGUCGGGGCCUGUACGAUAUCCCGACCAAGGUGACCUCUGUAGACGAGGGCUUCUUGAUUCAGGUACCUCUUGAGGAGGCAUAUAAUGUCCUGGCCGUAUCUAUUGCCACAACUUCGAAGCCUAAGGUUAAGGAGACCUUUCACGUCGACUUCGGCAGGAACAAAUUCAUAGAUGCUCUUGAUGCUGGAAAGCAGCUGGUCAGAGGCUUCGCACAGAAAUUUGUCGACACCGUCAACGAGACAACGGCAUGGGUUGAGGAGACUUACAUACCGGCUCUGGAUGUCAUGUCGAAACAAGUCUGCAGCCAAACAUCAUCCGUCUCCGACACCUUAUUGCAGGGAUUUAAAGAUGUCGCUAACGCCGUCCUCGGUCUCCCUUCCCAUCUUAUCUCGCAGAUUAUUGCCCAGAUUAAGCGGUCCUUCGUCGACGACGAUCUAGCACGACGUCAGCAUCAAGCACAGUUGGAGCUUAUGAAAGGGGCUCGAGAUCUCCGCGACGAGCUUACGUUACGCUACCUUUCUGCGCAGCUCAGAUCUAAGCUCUGGUGGCUUCGAGUACAGGGGAAGACGGAUGAAUACCAGCGUUAUCUCUCGAAGGCAGAGGCCUACUUAAAAGAGAGGGCUGUCGAAGCCAAAGCAGCUAGGCAGGAAAGAGCCGAGUAUGUCAAGAAACAGGUACGGUCACGGCAAAAGAACGAGCAUGAGGAGACGAGAGGUUCUUUCUGGAAUAAGCGCACGAGGGCCUCCUAGGCGUAAUCCGCUCGUUCUAGACAUUUUAAUUACAUGGUUGGCGAGAGUGAACUCAGGGACGGCGUUGGGCUUGGGUGAUUUGGUGGUUUUUGCUGGUUAUCUUGUCCUCGGUUAUCUAUCCUGACACCACUACAGAACAAAGCGGUGCUUCCCUUGAAUCCCCACUUUAUCUCUCUCUUCGACUCAGUUGCUGCGUCGAUGAUACAUGUACACAAGGAUGGACUACCGGGAGUAUGACAGGAUGUUCUAUUCCCCCCUUUUCUUCACGUUUGAGCGUCAGGGUUACUCGGGGAUAACGAAGUUCAGAGGCUAUACGUUUUACAUGUGUUCUUAGUACUAACCCUAUUUGGCAUUGUCAGGCGGUGGUGGCCCUACAUAAUGAGCAGAGGAUGAAUCGUCGUCCGCUCUAGGGAUAUUGUUGAUAGUCGCCGGGCAUAGAGCUCGAGAGCUAUUACUUUGACUUCGUAGUGGUUUGUCAAUAAGAUAGAACCUGAGGAACCCUAAGCAUAUGACCAACUAAUAGACCACGGAAAAUACAUUGCUUUUGUGCUUGUAAUUCUUAUCACGUUAGUGAGAUAGUAUGCAAGGUGAUAUGCUCUCGUUUCUGAGCUGAGCUCCCGUGGUGAAGAUUCAUUGUUGCUCAACUACUAUAAUAGUCCUAACCAGGUAAUUUAAAG